AUGUAUAAACUUAACUUACAAUUAAAUUUAUUUUUAAUCUUUACUUUUAGUUUUAUCACCUGGGAAGUUAACUCUGAGUCAACAUCCAAUGGACCAUAUCCAUUAGUGAUGAUCCCCGGAACAGCUGGCUGUCAAGCUUUUGCUGUGCUGAAGAAUGAUCCCAAUCAUAAGGCGCUACCUGUAUGGUUAAAUUUGGAAUUUUUUGCAUUUAUAAAACAUUUUACUGAGUAUUUUAAAUUACAGUAUGAUCCCAAAACUGGUCACAGUUAUGAUGCUGAAGGUGUUGACAUUAUUUUUCCAGGAUGGGGUGAAACAUGGUCAAUUGAGAAUCUAGAUGAAACACCAAAUAUGUUUUCUGAAUAUUUUGGUUCAUUGGUCCAUGCUCUAAGAAAAGAUCCGUUUUAUGUAUCCAAUUUCACAAUGAGAGGCGCACCAUAUGAUUUUAGAAAAGCCCCAAAUGAAAACGGUGAAUUUUUCAAUAAAUUAAAAGCCUUGAUCGAGGAAACUUAUGAAAAUGCAAAACAAAGACCAGUUGUCCUACUACCACACAGUAUGGGAUGCUUAUUUGCUCAGUGGUUUCUGAAAAAAUGCGAUAUUCCAUGGAAAAAGAAGUAUAUAAAAUCUCUGGCGUUUUCCAGCUGUCCAUUUGGGGGUUCUGUAAAAACAGUGAAGAUUGAAGCUAGUGGUGAUAACUUUGGGGUAUUUCUACGUAGUCCAUUAAGUUUUCGACACAUUCAACGUUCUAUGCCAUCUCUUCCUUUCUUAUUUCCUGAUUCUCGUUUAUGGCCAUCAUCGGAGCCACUUAUUAUCACACCUACAACAAACUAUAGCUCAUCUGAUUACGAGCGUUUCUUCAGAGAUAUAAAUUACACUAUUGGCUACCAAAUGUGGAAAGAUACUCACUUCCUUGUUGAUGGAUUGGAAAUGCCUACUGGUAUUGAUGAUAUUCAUUGUAUUCAUGGUUCACGUUUAUCCACUACCGAAAAAAUUUCCUAUUCCGCACCCAGUUAUUUUUAUAAUGGUUUCCCAGAUCAAGUACCUUUAUUAAUUCCUGGUGACGGAGAUGGAACAGUCGGCAUACGAAGUUUAGAAUACUGCAAAAAUUGGCCUGGAAUUAAAUAUUACAUAUUACCUGGAGCUGAGCACGUUCGUAUUCUUAGCGAUAUAAGACAUAUUAACAUUAUUCUCAAAAUUCUUAAUGCAAAUAUAACUUAUGGGUAA